AUGGCACUAGGCAGAUGGAAGUUCGGCUCGAGCAGGAAGGCCUCAACCUCGUCCUCGUCCUCGAACUCCAACACCGACGGCACAACCAACGGCACCACUACCCCCGUCGACAAUAACAACAACGACCCGGCCGCCGACGGCACGCUCACCAAGACCACAUCGCGGCUUUCGCGCUUCGCCUCGAAUCUAUGCUCGCACAAGUCCAAGAAGUCGUCCUCGUCGUCGUACUCCAACUCCACAUCCUCGUCGUCUGCCACGAACACCUUCGCCGGCCGCGAGGAAUACCCCCACCUGCACAAGCCAUUUACAGCCCAGAAUCUGGAGCAUCAACGCCUACUGGGCGCGUUCGAGUGGAAUUUUGGCGGUACGCCCCGGCGGAGCAGCGUGAGCGGCAUCAGUCCCAGGGGCAGCAUGGACGACGGCUUGGGGCCGGAACGAGCACACCCUGCCGCCGCAUAG